AUGCCCGAUAAGUCCGACGAAAAGUACCAUGAUAGCGAACCCGGCCACAGCGGCUCGCUUCGGCAUGGAGAUGUCACCAUCCAGUCUGUGAAGCCAUUCACGACCCUCUCCGCUCUCGGCAUUGGCUAUGGAACUACCAACACCGCAGUCGGUCUCCUUCUCGUCCUGGGCAGCACUCUACCCAUGGGUGGGACACCCCUCUUUUUCUGGGGCUUCCUUAUCCAAGCUCUCGUCGGUCUCGCCACCGCAACGACCCUCGCAGAGUUGGUGUCGGCCAUGCCACAUCCUGGCGGUCAAUAUGUAUGGGUGAACCGUCUCGCACCGGCUAGAUACCGCCGUGUCCUAUCCUAUUUCACGGCGGUCAUCAGCUGGAUAGCUGCUGUUGCUACCGGUGCCUCCGCCUGUUUAUCGGUUCCCGUGGGUGCUUGUGCUAUUAUCUCGUUGCUAGACCCUACUUUUGUGUAUAAGCGGUGGAUGGGAUUUGUUGGGUUUCAGCUUCUCAACAUCAUCACCGUCAUUUGUGCCAGCUUUGAACACGCUCUGCCCAAGAUAUCGAAGGUCAUGCUGCUCUUUAGCUGUUUGACCAUUGUUACCAUAUUCAUUACUCUCUUUGCCAUGUCCGAUACACAUAUACCAGCCAAGGACUUCUUCACCAAGUCCGUCAACAUCUCCGGAUGGCCGAAGGGUAUUGCUUUUAUCAUCGGUAUGAACGGCGCCAACUGGAGUUUCUCCUGUUUGGAUGUCGCCACACAUCUCGCUGAGGAGAUGCCUUCACCAAAGACUGAUAUCCCCAAGGCCUUGAUGUGGACCAUUGUUGUUGGUUUUGUCUCUGGUCUGUUGGUUGUUAUCUCCGUGUUGACCAACGUCAGCGGCAUUGAUGGCGCCGACGACAACUCCGCUGUAGCUCUCUUCUAUCGCAUCACUGAUAGUAAAGCAGCAGCUGUAGGACUCUGGGUUCCAGUACUUAUCACCACGGCUGGUGCAGUUUGGUCUAUCCAGACUUGGCAGUCUCGUCUUGCUUGGACCAUUAGCCGCGAAGCUGGUUUCCCUCUUUAUCGUCAUCUCAGCAAACUUGCACCAUCGCCACUACACACUCCUAUCUGGUCAUUGAUCUGGUCUGCUUCGGGCACUGCCGUCUUUGGGUGCCUGUACCUUGGUUCGGAACUGGCCUUCAACUCUCUCAUCUCGACAGGUAUUCUGUUACAGUAUAUCAGCUACAGCAUUCCCGCUAUUCUUAUGCUCAGUCAAGGUCGAUCCAACUUCCAACAUGGUCCGUUUUGGUAUCCGAGACUUGGACUUCUGGCCAACCUCACGAUGUUAGCUUGGACUGUGGUUGCUAUUAUCUUCUACUGCUUCCCUUAUUACAAGGCCGUAGUAGCUGAUCAAAUGAAUUAUGCAUCGGCUGUGCUUGGUGGCAUUGGUGUCCUCACCAUAUGUUUAUGGUUCUUCUACGCAAAGAGGAAUUACGAAGUGAAGGAGAUACUGGAAGACUAG